AAAAGGGAAAAUCAUGAGCAUAGAAUCUGGGUAGUGGAGGAAAGAAGAAAAGAAAAAAAAAAUGAAACACAACAUUUACAUGUGUAGUGGAUUCAACUCAGCAAAAUUUGAUUGGUCCUAACCCCUCUGCAAUUGAAUUGGGAAAUUGUAAUAACAACAACAACAACAACAAACUCUGUUGUCCACAACCACCACCACCUUCACUCAAAUCAAGCCCUCAACACUUUUCCUUGAAGAUCUGGUUCCUUCUUCAGUUAGCUGUGUAAUUGAUGUGUUGUUGUUCAUCACUCUGUGUGUUUGAUUCUUCGCUUUGAUUCGAUCACGAUGCACCCUCGGCAACGCAGUCCAAGGGGCUUUUAUGGCUCCGAGUACCGCCACCGUGGUGGCGGCGGCGUUGGUUUUGGCAGAGGUUAUCCCAGCCGCAGAGCAGCAGCUGCCCCCGCCGGCGGCGGCGGGGAUGUUUUUAUGGAAGCUGGCAGGCUGGCAGCUGAGUAUUUGGUUUCUCAGGGGCUGCUGCCGCCGAAUGUGCUGUCUCAGAAAUGGCAUAAUAACAAUGGAGGUGGUAGUUUUAAGAAGCACGGUGGUGGUGUUGGUGGCGGUGGGGAAGUUGCGGUGGAGGGUGGGCGGACCUCGGCCCUUGCCCGGUUGGGGAGUGCGGUUUCCGGGCCGGAUGGGGGGAGGAGGAAAUUGGGGUUUGAGGAUUUUGGGCAGAAGGGUAGUAGGAGGAGGGGGGGAAGUUUUAGGAGUAGCAAUGGGGUGGAUUGGGGUCGAGAUUACAGAAGGAAUGCAUCAUGGUCUGAUAGGUAUAGAGGUGCCCAUGAUACCAAGGAUGAUGAUGAUGAUCGUCGUAGCGGUAGUUGUGAUGCUGGUGGUGGUGGUGGUAGUGGUAGACAGCCAGAUGAGGAGCAGCACCAGCCCAAGGACCAACAAGUUGGUGGUGCUAGUGGUAGUAGCGGUGGUGAUGAUCAUGAGAAUGUCUUGCAAAAAUCGAAUUCGAAUGAGUUUGAGCCAAGAAGUGAGGAUGGCGAUGAUUUGGAAGCUGCUGAGACUGAUAAGGAUCAAGUGUCAGGGGAGUUGUUGGAGGUAAAGCAAGGUUCUUCUGGUGCAGAAAAAGAUACUGAUGAUAUGGUUGUGGAAUUUGCCAAGAGUUCCAAUGGCUUGGAGAAUGUGAGUGCUAGUGUUAGCAAGGUUAAGGAUGGAACUGGUGAUGAUGAUAACGAGAAGCUGAAUAUCUUGAAGAAUUUGUCUGCUCAGUCGAGUGAUCAGGAGAAUGAUAGCUCUAGCAGGGAUUUCACUGAUUUGCUUUCGUUGUGCAAAUCUUUUAAGGCGCCUACAAGGACAAGGUCUUCGCGGACACGCAAGAAUUUGAAGGCUGAUCAACAUGGGAACAAUGAAGACAAUAAUACUCGUGAUAUUGAGGAUCUUCAAGAACCUGAAGUCCUGGCCGAGAAUGAGACUGUUAAAAGCUCCUCCUCCUCAGGUGAUUUGAUAUCUGAACAAACUUAUGAUUUAGUACAUCUUGACUCAGAUAUUGUGGAGGUAGAGCCUGUCCAUGCUGCUGAGAGUACAGAAGAAUUUGAUGUAGCAAGUAAAGAUGAGGAGGUGCCAUCUAUUGGAUCCCACCCUGGUCAAGAUAGAGAUUAUAUGGAUGAUAAAAACCAAGAGCCUACUGCGACACUACCAGAGUAUGGUAGCUGCAGUUCCAUGUCUGAGGAAAGGGGUGAGAAACGUGUUGCAGAAGAUGAUGUGAGGGAGGAAACCAAAAGACUGAGAGAGUGGCUGCCCUCUCCUGUCCCAAAGACUGAGGAGUACUUUAUGCACAACAACCCAAUUGAAGUGAAAGAUAGUCCUGGCGAAGAUGAAAUUUUACAUGCAGACGAAGUGCCUGUGACUUCUGAUCAUGCGAGCCUAAUAAGUAGUUCUCAGUUCACAGAAGGUGGAGAUAGACCAUUUUUUCAAUGUCCAGAGGAGAAGCCAUCAUUGCCCAGUUCAUUUAGAACUUGUGAUCUGAAUCUCAUGGAGGCAUCUGAAGUCCAUGAUAAUCAUGUUGAUCAUCCAGUUCUUAUUUACCCCGCUUCUGUUUCUGAAACCAAGAAAGCUGUACCAGUUGAUAUAGAUCUGUCCAUGAGUCGAGCUAGUCUAUCAGGCAAAUUCAACACUCAUUCAACAAGCGGCAAAGAGAUUGAAGUAAUUGAUCUAGAAAAUGAUGAGGUCGAAAAUGAUUCCACUCCAAAAGAAAAGUCAAUCGACAACAUGGACACGAAGACAGAGACUAUGUUUCCAGCCCUUGAUGGUUUUUCUAACCAUGUUCAAAAUACUGCUGAUAUACAUGAUGUUCAGGAUGGAUAUGGGCUAAUGAUAUCAGAGUUGCUUGAGUCAGAUUUUGCAAACUGUUCUUCUGUACCUGACGACAUCAAUUCUGUGCAUAAUGAAAUGAACCUUCAUAAUGGAACGGGGACCCUUGCUGAAGAUGAUUCCAUAUAUAUGUCACUUGGAGAAUUAAGCUUUUUGCGGCCAUGGGAGCAACCACCGCCACAGGAUUAUCAGAAACACUUCUGAUAUAUUGUCACUCAAAUCCUCUUAGGAGACAUUAUGUCGUGAUAUGCUUGGUAUAUAGGUUUCUUGCGGCCACGGGAGCAACCACCAUAACAGGAUUAUCAGAAACACUUACGCUGAUCUAUUGUCACUCAAAUCCUCUCAGGAGACAUUGUUUAGUGGUAUGCUUGGUACAGUCAACACAGUGUUCUGUUGAAGUUACUAGUUCUACACGAAAGUGAAAAUGCUGCUUUGGAAUAUUUUUAUUUUUUACAAAUUGUAUCCUGUUUAGGAUUAUAGAAGCUGAAUUCUAUUCUGUAAUCUCUUUCUAAUGUCUUUGUAUCACUAUCUGGCAUUUAGAUUACGUUAAGACUUGAGACUUGAUAGUAUUGAAGGGUAUAUUGUGUCAAAUUGUAUUCUGUUUACACUUC